AUGUCUCUCCCAGAUCGUACGAAAUAUGGCGAAACAAUCAGCUCUCCCGCCAAAUUGACUGACCGUCAGCUAUUCACCAUGCCGUUGAGGGAGUUCUCCAAGAGUAUCAGCUUGACCACAUCUUUUUCGACGACUGCAGAUGUGUAUCUUCGCUGGCUUGAAGUCCAUCGCGUACGCCGAUCCGAAUUCACAGAACACUGGGAAAAUACGAUUAUUCACUGGGUUCAAUCACUUCGUGCUCGUGGGUUCAAAGAAGGAGAUCUUAUCAACGAGAUCCGAAUUUGGAAAGAGAGAUCUGGGCCUUUGAUCGAAGUAUACGGCCGGCAACCACCAGGAUCCAGAGAUGUAGAGAAAGCAUAUGAUAGGCCACUGAACAAAAACCAACUACCGCACGCGAAUUCGAUGGAGGGCGACCCUCGAAGGCGUGAGAAUCCUCGAGAUCUCUUCGAAUUACCUUACGACGAUGAUACAGAAGAGCUCCAACGUGUUAGAAACGAAAGUCGACUGGAAAAAUCGUACGAGAUAUACAAGUCAUCGUCAAAAAAGAAGACGAUGGAAAAUUUCGCCGGGCCCCCGCCACCAUCAUAUGUUUGCAAUCGUUGCGGAAAGAAAGGCAUGUUUCAUUUCACAUAA